GGCUUGGAUAAUCUGGCAAUUGGGUUUUCAAUCUACAAUUGCGAUCAUUUGAGGGAACGUAUGGGAAGACGCUUCUUCGAAACAGAACAUGUAUUUGCGAGUACUAAAGCGUUUAUAAAUCGCAGAGAAGCAACGCUGAGGUUCCGGGGUCCACCAGGUGGCUAUUUGAUAGUGCCGUCAACGUUUGAUGCAGGUGAAGAGGCGGAAUUCCUUUUACGAGUUUUCGCAAAUGGACCAAUUCAAUGGAGGGUUUGCAAAAUCCCGACGUCUUUCCAGUCUCCGGAUCGGGAUUCAAUCCCGAGAUCGAUUUUCGAUCCCGAGAUUAUCCCGGGAUCAUGCCAUUCGUAUGACUUCCAUCUAUUUCCUCGACUAUUCAUCGACUAUUGGUGGCAAACAACAUCGAUGAGUGAAUAUGAAUGA